GACAAAAUCAUCCGUCCUGUGAUGUCUGCAGGUCGUUGUCGGUUUGAACCCCAUGACAUCACAGGAAUCAAAGACUCCUUGUUUAUAUAAGCAGGUGACAGGUUUUCAGAAGAGGACUGAAUAUACUUAGCCAGGCGAGUGGUAGAUGCCGAGAUGACGUGCAAAAUGUUAUGUCCAAAUACCCUGAAGAUUCUGUUCGAGUGUGUGUCCAGGGCGGCGCUCCUCGCACAGCCUCCUGGGCUCCAACACUUUGCAGAGCAGUAUCUUGCAGAGCUAAAUGUUUUCUGCAAAGAUAGAGAAGGAGAGAAUCCAAAGAUAUUGGUUUUCCUCUUCCAGGAAAUGUGGGAGAAACGACUCUUGCCACUCAACUCGACUCGAAUCGCCGCACUGGACGAGGACAGCGCACCCCAAACAAUGGCUGGGAUCACAGAGGCUCUGAAGAGGUUGUCCCCACAGUUGCCUUUAGUUUUCGAACAGUAUCAAAAAUCACCUCAAACCACAACUGAGAAGGUCAGCACGGAUGUCAAUGAGAGCCUGUCGUUGACAUUCACACCGGGACCACCAGUAGGUGAUAAAAAAGUCAAGCGAGGGACACAGUCUGUCAUCCCGAGAGGACGAGUGAAGGGACAAACCACUGACUCAACCACUGUCAAGGUGCGAAGAGUGUCAUCAGUUAGGGUCGGAAGUCGACCGGAUCCAAAGGCCGCCGUCGGCAUCCCAAAGCUAGCGGCAACACAGCCUCUUGUGGGUGACGAAACAAACGGCUUCACUGAAGCGGAGGUCAAGAAGGAGAAGGUAGUGAGACAGAUUGGCAAAACCACAACAAUGAAAUCUUCGAAACCAGCAUUGACAAAACCACCGCUGACACCCAUCAAAACCAAAAAGCCAUGGGCAGUGCUACGGCCAGAGGAGAAACAAAGGGUGCUGUGGUCAGAGAGGGAGGCGGUCAAGCCUGUGUUAAAAGUGGGAGAUCGCAAUGGUGAGUCACAACCAAAACUGGCCACGUUCCACCACAUUGCGAGUCAAGAUGGCAUUAAAUUUAAGUGUUUAGAAUGUAUAGAGGACGGCAAAUAAUUGUGACCAAUCAAUCCUCCUUGCUUAGAUGUUGUGAAGAUACCCCCGUGGAGUGGCACGGUGAACGGUGGUUUCAAUGCUCCCAAAUUGGCAACCUGAGUGCCCUUACAUGAGGAGCUGGCAUGUUUCUCACAAACAUGCAGGUUAUUGAAGAGUCUGUCAAGUGCGGGUGUCUAGAUGUGUGUGGGUCUUAUGGUUCACCGGUGGCAUACACGGUGCACACACCCCCCCACCCCCGGCAAGCUGGGAUUGGGCCUCCCACCAGCACCAAACUGCUGUCUGCCCAGCCAAACCUCAGCGUCUCGCAACUCCUCCAACACUCUCUCCUUUCACGGGGGAUUGUUUGGGUGUGUGGGACAGGAGUUUAGAGAACACUGUUGUGACUUAAAAGAGGCGAAAGUGCAAGAGGUAUGUCAGCUGUUAGGACAGAGUCACAAACAAUAUAUAUACUGUUUCAGUUAAUCUGCCGCCAUGAACGAAGCUCACGUUUCAUAGAAUUGUGAAAUGAAAAGAGGAAUUCUUAAGUCAGUGUUUAAUCGAUGAACUAUUGUGAAGGAUCAAAUAAACU